CACACCACACCAUCUUCCACGAAACUCCCCCCUCCAUUCCCGUUAAUGGCGGCUCUUCCGCUUCUCAUUUUUUCAGUCAAACUUCUCGUCCCAUGACCACCACUACUAUCCCCUCCUUCACGUCUCUCUCUCUCUCUCUUUUCUCCCAAAUCCCUAAUCUCCAUAUCUCUCUCUCAGGAAGGAAAAAGGAGAAAAUUUUAACUCUCUCAUGGAACCGACUUUCGUAGUUGUGCUCGCCGCCAUGGGGAGCUUCUUGGUGGUAACUUUGAUAUUAGCCACCAUAAUCAUAAUCUGCCAGAGCAGAAAGGCCAAAAACGCAUACAAUCGGAAUUACAACCAGAAUCGCCAUCGGAGCAUAACGAACCCUCGGCUGGCUUCGAUCGCCGGCACCGACGAGAGCGCGUCGUUCGAUCCCAGUCUCCGCCAGGUCUCCAUGGCCGAGGUCGUCGCCGCCACCAAGAAUUUCUCGACGGACCUGAUCGUCGGCGACGGCAGCUUCGGCCUCGUCUACAAGGCCCACCUCAGCGGUCUCCCCGUCGCGAUCAAGAAGCUUGAUCCGGACGCCUUCCAAGGGUUUCGCGAGUUUCGGGCGGAGAUGGAGACUCUGGGGAAUCUCCGCCACCGAAAUCUCGUAAAAAUCCUCGGCUACUGUAUUUCCGGCCAAGACAGAAUUCUGAUAUACGAGUUCAUCGAGAGGGGUAAUUUGGACAUUUGGCUUCACGACUCGUCGUCGUCGUCGACGGAAAGCACUCUGUCGUUACCGUUAUCGUGGGCGACGAGGAAGAAGAUCGUUAAGGGAGUGGCUAAUGGGCUGAACUAUCUACAUGGGCUCGAAAAGCCCAUUAUCCAUAGAGAUAUCAAGGCUAGCAACGUGUUAUUGGACCGUGAUUUCGAGGCCCGUAUAGCUGAUUUUGGGCUUGCAAGGACGGUUGACUCCUCUCACUCGCACGUGUCGACUCAGGUGGCCGGCACGAUGGGGUACAUGCCGCCGGAGUACAAGGACGGGUUCACGCUGUUGACGGUGAAAGCUGACGUGUACAGUUUCGGGAUUUUGAUGUUGGAAACAGCUAUGGGUAAGAGGCCCAAUUUGCCAAUGGCGUUUGAGGGUGUGGAGAUGGGCCUUGUGGAAUGGACCAGAAAAAUGGUGGCCCAAAACAGAGAAAUGGAAAUGGUGGAUGUGAAUAUUUCGAGGGAAGGAUUGGUUGAGAGUGAUGUUAAGGAGUAUUUUAGGAUUGCUUGCUUGUGUGCUCAUGAGAAUUUUAGAGAAAGGCCUGUAAUGAGAGGUGUGGUCGAGUUGUUGAUGCAAAUUUGUUGAAUUUUCUUUGUGUUUUUUGGUAUAGAGAUUAUGUAAAUAGGUUGAGAGGACUAGUAUAGUAGUAGUAGUAGUAGUACUAAACAAGUUCUUUUGAUAUAUCAAAAUCCAUUUGUAAAAGUAGGUUUUUAUAGAGUUCUUUAAUAUCUAGUAAUAAUUGCAUUAUGAAUUAAUAAUGCCUAGGCCAAAGUCCCCAUAAUAGAGGGGGUAUUUGGCUUAUGUCUUUGCCAUUUUUUCAUAAUAAGAAAAAUGAUGGGGUCAAAAUUCUUUUUGUAUGCAUGUUUUUCGAGUUAUGAACAAAAUGAAAACAAAAAUGGAGCAAAAUUAUCAAGCUUGUAGACUAUAAUGUACAUGAUUUGUAUAUAGUACAAUGAAUUUUGUUGA